UUCCCUCCACAUCUCAGCCAGACAGAACAUCCUAUAAAUAUGUUUGAGCCCUGGAUCUUAUUGUUUCUUCCCCUGUUAGCUGCAGGGGCGAGGGGCUUCAUGGUCCACAACAUGCAGCGCAGCCUGUGUCUGGAGGAGACCCCCGCCACAGGGGAGGUCCUGCUAAAGAGCUGCAGCCUGGACUCAGAGUCUCAGCAGUGGGCCUGGGUGGACCAGGGCCUGCUGAUGUGUGUCCCAUCAUCCAGGUGUCUGUCGGCCCUGCAGAUGGAGCCCGUCCACACAGGGCCCUGCUGGGGGCCGGGGGUGGAUGUGAGGGGGUUAAUGUGGGACUGUGACAGGGGCAGGUUGAUCAGCAGGGACUCCUCCAUGCUGCUGUCAGUGGAUGGCGGGCGUCUGACUCUCGCACAUGACAGCAAACACUCAAAAUGGAAAUCUCUGUAUGAGGGGGACAUCUGCCACGAAAGUCUCAGAUCCAAGAGGGCGUCUAAACAUCCAGAAGAGUUUGAGUUAGCGUCAGAGGAGCAGAGCAGCGACAUGACGGAGGAACAGAGAGCAUACCUGCGCUGGUUCUAUCGCACAGAGGACCCAACCAUAUGGACGUUUGUGCUGCUGGGACUGGCCUUCAUCUGCCUUCUUGUUGGGUUUCUGCUGCUGGGAAUGGGGGCCAUGGCCAACAAGAGCCGUAGGAAGAUUGCGAAGUACAAGGCAGCAGCUUCUGGGACUCAGAGGAGCAAGGAGCUGGAGACCAUCGUCCCCCUCAGAGAGGACCAGCCCCCCCCUCCCAACGGGGAGGUGAGCGAGUUCAAAGCAGGGCACAUCAUGGUCACAUGGAAAGACGGGAACAUCUCCUCCUUGUACUCUGAUCCUGUAGCAGAGCAGGAGAAACAGGAAGUGGAUCAGGAGGAGAAACAGGAAGUGGAUCAGGAGGAGAAACAGGAAGUGGAUCAGGAAGAGAAACAGGAAGUGGAUCAGGAGGAGAAACAGGAAGAGGAUCAGGAGGAAAAACAGGAAGUGUCAGCUGCUGAGGCAGUGAUGACGAUCCAAAAGCAGGUGUGAGACAGUGUUUGAGAUUACCAUGCUGCUCAGGAGAGCUUUUAAAGACAGCUUUCAUCAUGCUAACUUUAACAGACCUCUAAUACCGUAAUUUUCGGACUAUAAGCCGCACCUGAAUAUAAGCCGCAGCAGCGGCAUACCACUCUCGGU